UUUUGGGAGACACAAUAAUAAAUUUCGAUGAAAAUAGCCUUGAUUUCGAAGAAUUUUUUCGAGAAAUUGCUGAACAUCAUGGCCAGAUAUUAAUGUUAGCUAAGAAAUUAAAUGUCUUAUUCUCGUUCUACUCGUUUACACAAAUGAGUUUGUGCGUGUUGUUGUUCUGUACUGCCCUGUUCCGUCUCUCUGUGAUUGAACCACUGAGUCCCGAAUUUCUAACAGUACUUGUAUUCAUUUCAUCAAUAGGAAUUCAAUUAUUUCUGUAUUGUUGGUUUGGUAAUGAAGUGACGGUACAGAGCUCGAAGCUACAUUUAGCGGCUUUCCAUUGCAGUUGGGUGGGGUCGCCCAUCAGUUUUCAGAAAAAACUGAUUAUCUUCAUGCGAAGAACUGCUGAUCCUAUCAAAAUGCGUGCACUUCAUUUCUUUCCAAUGUCAAUUAUAACAUUUUCUACGAUAAUGAGAAAUUCUUGGUCAUAUUUUGCCGUUCUACAACAAGUUCACAAAAGAAUGUGAAUCAAUCAAGAUUCUUUGUUUUAUUUAUAACCAGCUGGGUUUAGCCACA